AUGGCUCCUUCUACAGCGCAAAGCAAGGCGCAGACUAGAGCUCAGGAUAGAAUCGCUGCAGUUCAUGGUACGGCCAGAACAAGAUCGAAGCGCAACGCCCCGGCUCCCGAUGACGACCGCGACGUGUAUCGCAGCCUGAUAUCUGAGGCAUCAGUCCCGGAAGCUGUCGAGAGACCACUCAAGAAACCUCGACUUGGAAGACAGCGACAAAAUCAACAGCCAGAUGCUGUCCAUGAUCCUGCUGUCGAACCGCGUCAAGCAUCCGGAAAGCCAACUGGACGUGACAAACAGGCACUGCAAGGUCAAACUUCCGAAGAUGAAGCUAGACCCCAGCAAACAAUCAUCGACUCCGAUGAGUCCGAAGACGAUGAUAUGGAUUGGGAGCAGGUCGGUUUGGAUCAUGUCGAGUCCAAACCAUCUGCUAUCCAAAAUGACAAUGAGAUUGGGGACGUGUCGUUAAAAAUCAGUACAAAACAGGCACAGAAGAGGGCAAUUGUAAAACGGAAGCCUGCCACCACUGCCGAGAAGUUACUCCGAUUGGAAGCUCAUGAAGCUCACCUAUUGUUCCUGCUCUUCCACGUUCAUGUCCGCAAUGCUUGGUGCAACCUGGCAGAGGUUCGGAACAAACUCAAAACGCUGCUAAUGCCAGACAUCGUGUCACUACUCCAUCCUGAUCAAUCACUAAUCCAAUUCGGCCAAUCACAGCAGUUUAUGGCCGGACUCGAGAAGGCGGUCUUUGUAUGGAGACACAAGUUCAACGUCACUGCCUCGGGUAUACGUAGGCCCAACUGGGCUGACGGACCGGAAGGUAUCAGAGAACAAAUCAGGGCAAUAGAGGAUGAGUUUGCUCCUGUCGAGAAGCAGGAUUUUGUGAAGGCAGCAACAACUCUUUCUGGAUCCCAAGACAUCAGUGCACAGCUCUUCUGUGCUCUUCUCAGGUGUGUUGGUGUUGAAGCUCGGCUGGUCUGCUCGUUACAACCACUGCCUUUUGGCACAUCUGCAACCAAGUCUGCCACACCUGUCAAAGGCAAGACUACGGUAUAUGCAGAAAGCGACAAGGACAACACUAGUGCAGGAGAAACAUCUGCAGGCUCUGCAUCAGAAGGAUCUACCUCGUCUCGACGCAGGAUCAUUGCUCCUGGACGCAUUCGCCGAUUCGGCAAGCCCAAUCUGAACUCAGGAACUCCCACUCCUAAGUCGACGACCCCUGUCAAAAAGAAGAAGCGGCCGGUUCGCACGCUAAGUUAUCCUGUGUAUUGGGUAGAAGCCUUCAAUGGAGCCUACCAGAAAUGGGUUCCUGUCGAUGCAGCCGUAACAGGUACAGUCGCAAAGCCAGGCAAGCUGGAGCCACCUGCUUCCUAUGAGGCAAAUUCCAUGACCUACGUGGUGGGUUUCGAAGAUGACGGCAUCGCAAGAGACGUGACACGUCGCUACACUAAGGCCUACAAUGCCAAAACUCGCAAACUGAGAGUGGAAAUCACAGAAAGAGGAGAAGAAUGGUGGCAUAAAGCGCUCAAGGUCUUUAAGAGAACCUCUUAUCGCGAUCGUGAUCAAGUUGAGGAUGCCGAGCUUGCAAAGAAGGAUGCAACCGAGGGGUUGCCGAACAACGUGCAAGACUUCAAAGAUCAUCCUUACUAUGCUUUGGAACGACACCUGAAGCGACAUGAGGUUAUCUGGCCGAAGAGAGCGAGCGGUAAAGUCACCGUCGGAAAGGGUGCUCUUGAGCCUGUCUAUCGACGAGGCGACGUUCAUAUCGUGCGCAGCGCCGACAAGUGGUACAGAUUCGGUCGUGAGAUCAAGCCAAAUGAACAUCCACUCAAGCAUGUACCUGCGAGAGUACCAAAAGGCCGAGCUCAAGAUCUGGACGAUGUUGACAUGGACGAACCGCCAGCCACUGCUCUCUACGCCUUCUCUCAAACAUCGUUGUACGUCCCGCCUCCAGUGGUACAUGGCCGAAUACCGAAGAACGCCUUUGGGAACCUUGACAUCUACGUGCCGUCCAUGGUUCCCCCUGGUGGCUACCACGUCAAACAUACAUUGGCCAAGAAUGCUGCUCGUCUCAUCGGAGUUGACUAUGCAGACGCAGUCACUGGGUUUCAAUUCAAAGGUCGUCACGGUACAGCGGUCACAUCUGGCGUUAUCGUCGCACAAGAAUACCGCGAAGCUGUCGAAGCCGUCAUCGAAGGCUUCCAAUACGAUCAAGAGAACGAACAAGCACGAAUGUACAGCUUGGAAUGCUUGAAGAUGUGGCGACGCUUCUUGGCUGGUCUGCGUAUCAAGGAAAGACUAAGCGAGUACACUACCUCUGGACCCAAGACUGUCAAGCUAGAAACAGUCAAAGCAAGAAUGGAUGAAGCAGAGGAAGCUGAAGAAGAUUCGGUCGAGGCCGGCGGCUUCUUCCCUGACGCAGGCGAAACCACUGCACCGACUGCCCAUCGAUUCAAAGCAUCUGAGUCGAACACAUCUGAUCAAGAACACGAUAUUGCUGAACAAACGCCUCGACUCCGACGACAAAGAAAAGCCAUGGUCGAGAGUGACCCGGAAAGUGAUGAACAGAGCGAGGAGGAAUACGAACCAUCACCUCGCAGGCCACCUGUCCGACGUCGCCGCAUGGUGAGCGAGAGCCCACUUGCCUCCGACAACGAACACUACGAUCAACCCGAUCAAGGUGGAGGCGGUUUUGUGCCGGAGGACAACCAAGAUAACACGGACGACGGAGGAGGCUUCCUACCAGAUGCAGACGGAGACGAAUCUGCAGGUGGGUUUGUGCCUGAGGAUGACAGCGCUCAAGCAGUCGAUCAACCCAGUGGUGGACCUGUGCCUGAAACCUCCAACAUGGAGUCUACUUCUGACUCCGGCGGUGGGUUCAUGCCCGAGGGCGACGAUACGACUCUUGAAUCUGGCGGCGGCUUCCUGCCUGAGGCUGAUGAUGGAGGGAUUGGAGGUGGAUUUAUGCCAGAAGAAGAGGCACAUGAAAGUCAACCGGUCAAUCUAUCAGCAUCCGAGGAUGCGCAAGAGUGUAAUGAGCAACAAGAUCACAGUCGGAAAGCUGUUGUCGAAAAUCAGGCGAACGACACUUUCGACCCCGAUGAAGCAGACGAUACCUUCGAUCCUGACGAAAUGGAGGUCGAGACUAGAGGCCUACCCCGAGGAGACUCACCGCGCGUUCACAGACAAGAGGAAGAAGAGGAUGAAGAUCGCGGAUCCUUGUUAUCGCAUGAUCCGGAGGAUGACGAUGCCGAGCCAGAGUGGUUACUUAGUGAUUAG